GCCGCCAGGGGGCAGCGGAGAGGCCGCGCGGCGACCCGAGCGCCGGGCGGGGGCGCGGCGACGUCGGCGCCGCCGGAUCGCGUGACCGCGCGCCCGCUCGCUGCCGCCGCAGACAUGCAGUCCCCGACGGUGCUCGUCACCUCCAGGCAAGUUCAGAAUGUCCACACGGGCCUUGACCUGACUGUGCCCCAGCACCAGGAGGUGCGGGGCAGGAUGAUGUCCGGCCACGUGGAGUACCAGAUCUUGGUGGUGACUCGGCUGGCUGCAUUCAAGUCAGCCAAGCACAGGCCUGAGGAUGUCGUCCAGUUCUUGGUCUCCAAAAAGUACAGCGAGAUCGAGGAGUUUUACCAGAAACUGAGCAGUCGUUACACCGCUGCUCGCCUGCCCCCGCUGCCCAGGAAGGUGCUGUUUGUUGGGGAGUCUGACAUCCGGGAAAGGACAGCCGUGUUCAAUGACAUUCUGCGCUGCGUCUCGAGAGAUGCCCAGCUGGCAGGCAGCCCAGAGCUGCUGGAAUUCUUAGGCACCAGAUCCCCAGGGACUGGAGGUCUCACCAGCAGAGAUUCCUCUGUUCUGGAAGACACGGCCAGCCAGGCCGGGGGUGAUGAGGAGGCUUUUGACUUCUUCAAGCAGCCAGACCGAGGGGAGGGUGAAGACCCACCUAUCCCGGCCCUUCAGGAUGCAGGAAAGUCCCUGGAAGAGGAAGAGGAGGAGGAGGAGGCAUUGGACCCUCUGGGCAUCAUGCGCUCCAAGAAGCCCAAGAAAGGCCCCCAAGUGACCAUGAAGCCCAAGCCUUCGCCCCGGCUCACCAUCUUUGACGAGGAGGUGGACCCUGAUGAGGGCCUCUUCGGCCCAGGCAGGAAACUGUCCCCACAGAGCCUGUUGGAGAACACAACCCAGGACUCCCUGGAGCUGUUGGACGACCCUGACCUGGGCGGGGCCGUCCCCCUGGGUGACCCCUUACUGCUGCCAACCGCCUGCAAAAACGGAGGGCCCACAUCCAGCCCCGGCCUCGGGUCUGCAUCUGAAGAGCUGUUCAGAGUUGAAGAGGACUUGGACCAGAUUCUGAAACUGGGGGCCGAGCCCAAACCCAAGCCCCAGCUUAAGCCCAAGCCACCGGUGGCAGCGAAGCCGGCACUGCCCAGCAAGCCCUCUGUGCCUCCCAGAGCAGAUGCGACCGAGGGCGUGGCCGGGCAGCAGAGGCAGCCGCAGCAGAUCCACACCAUGGAUGAGAUGGACAUCUUGCAGUACAUUCGGGACCAUGACACAUCUUCCCAGGCCUCUCCCAGCCUCUUCUGACCCCUGUCCCUGCCGCCCGGCCCUGCCCACCCUCUGUGGAGGCCUGUGUGUGCGGAGCCAGGACACCCAUGAGAUGGGUGCCAGCCGGGGCCCCAGGACCACAGCGUUCCCUUUUCUCCUGGGCUGUGGGCUUGAUGCGAAUCCCUGCAGAAUACAGGGUGAAGCGACCGUGGGGAUUGAAGCCCAGUGUCAGUGCAGCCGGGUGUGGAGGGGGGGUAAGCAUGGAGCGUUUGGCUCACCAAGGACAGGGUGAGAGGUGAGGGGCCCCGGGAGGUGCCCCGUGGGACAAGGAAACCUCCUACCCACUUGUGCCCACUGGCUCUGCCAGCCGAGCCCAAAGAAGGAGGACCUGACCUGAUCUGGGCCCAAACCGAGAUGAGGGAGUACCCAGGCCAGGCCACUCCAGUCUCUGUUCAGCAUGCCAGGGCCUGGAGAGGGACACUGAGCAGAAGGGCCCUGCUGUCCAGAGUGUCCUGAUGGGAGCUCUUGGGAGCCUCCUCGGGUUACCAGCCCGCAGGCAAGCAGCUGGGCCCAGCCCUGCCUCUAGGAUAUGGAGGACGCUGGAUCCCAGGUCUGCCUUCUACUUCCUUUCCCAGGGAGGGUCCGGCCAGCAGUGACCUCCUCAGGGCUCUGGGCACAGAGCCAGCGUCCCCCAGAGCUCUGCAUGGGCUUGGGACUUGGGUUGGCUUCCUUCCCACUGCUGCCUCCUGCUCCCCAAGAGAGUGAUGCUCCCAGGCUUCUGCUCCAAGGCCUUGCCUGUCCUCAGGGUCUGGACUUGUUCAGUGGCCUUUCACCAGGGGCGUCACCAACCCAGGGGGUGGAGCCUUGUUCCAGGGGGGCCAGUGCCUCAGAGUUCUCCCAGCAGCCCGGAACCCAGGGCAGAGCACUCAGAGCUGGGCAAAACACGGUGCCAGGAGACUGGGUGAAUGAUGUUUCGUGGAGCAAAGAAUGUUAGGUUGCCUUUCUUGGAUACAUAUUCUUCAAACUCAGAGCUAGUUUUUAAUGAAACACCAUAGCUUUUAACAAAACGCAACCACCGUUGUUCCUUGGUGCUGUCCUGCUGGCAGAGGGACCGGAACGGGUAGGGACCAGGCCUCUGAGCCUUUCCUGCUCAGGCCCAAGAGCCAGCCCCAGAGGAGGCCCCAGGUGACGUGGGCCAGUUGUUUGCCACUGUGACCGGCAUCCUCUGCUCCUGCCUUGUGCGGGAACUGCAGGGCGAGGUGGGAGCACUGGGCCUGGUCUGUCCUGUGUCUUCCCGGGGCCUCCUCAGCUGCCUGACCCUGAGUGACAAGAUGGGGUGGUACUGGGCAGGGUUCUGCCUUGCCUGGCUCAGAGCACCGUCCCUCCUUGGGGCCUAGGAGCCAGCUGCAGAUCAGCUUCCACGCGGCUCCCCUUUCCUUCUGGCCAUGGGGCCUUCAGGCUCUCCCCCCCUCAGUGCCCAGCACCCAGCCCUGCACCCCACAGCCUCUGCUGACUGUGAAGGAAGGCCUCGUGGGGACCCGGGGCAGUGUAGCCAGGUCUUCCUCUGAGAGACUGUCCAGCUGGUACUGGCCCCAGCCCUCCUUUGGGCUCUUCCCACCCACUGUCCUUGCCUCUGCGUCCUGGCUGCCAAUUCCCUGUCCCUCCCCACCUCCCCCACUGCUUCAAGUGACUGGUAAUGGAGGGGCAGAGGGUGUAACUGGCAGGGUGGCCAUGGGACCCGUCCCCUGGCUUGGGUCCCUGACAGAACCUGGCUGGACACUCGAGUGUGGGUUUGCCCACUGCAGGCCUGGCCGCCUCAGUGGCCUGGAGCUCUCCAGAUGCCUCCACAGAAGCCUGGACCCCUGAGACAGGGACGCUCCAGCUGUGGCUCGUCCUCACCACACGUGUAAGACCUACACCCAGUCACCCAGGAAAGUCCAUGUGCGAGCCUGAUUCCGGCACUUGCGUAGGGACUGUCCACAGCAAGACAACCAGGAGAGCUUCCCUUGAGGGAUCCCACGUCUUCUGUGGCUCUGCCUCAGCCUCCCAGCUGCCUCUUGUUAGGGUAAGGCGAGGGGAAGAGGAGAUUCUGGUCCUUUCCCAUUGUGUAAACUGAGGUAGAGUGGGGACUCUGGGCCAGAAACUGGUCAGCCAAGACCUGUGUAGAAAGAGGACCACUUCCUUCUCCAGGCCUCACCCCCGUCCCCACACCAUGGGGCUCUAGGUGGGGCCAUUGAGUCACACAGCCCUCCUGGCCUCUGCUCCCCUGCCAGAGUUCAGGUUCUAGGGUGCUCCUUCGUCCCAGAGACCCAGAGGUUCAACAGCAGACCCUGCAGGGUGACACCCACUGGACACUUGGGAACAGGUUCCCAGGGAGCCAGGGACGCCUAUGCAGCGCAGCCUGUGAGUUGACAGUGCCACCUCGCUCCCCAUCGCCCUGGGCUUGGUGCUUGCAGCCAGGAUUGAAUUGGGAGUCUGGGUUCCCACAAUCCAUCAGGCCGUUCCGGGAAGGACCAUUCAGCCCGAGAGCGUGCAGCCGAGUUCACUGUGGAAGAGAAACUGAGAGGUUGAACUGGGGACAGUGUCAUUUGUUUACUUGGAAGGCCGUUGCCCUGCGAGCCCGUGGACAGGACGUGCCAUCUGUGGCUCGGCCCCGCUGCUCCCUUUCCCCUGCAUUGUUUCUCUCAGGAAGCCAUGAACUUGGGCCAGUUCUGGAAAGUCCCAGUCUUCAGGCUGGACCUGGAGGCUGGUGUCCUGGGCUCUGCUGGAGAGUGCCCACCCCUUGAACUCUGGUCUCAUGGCCAUGUCGAUGCUCGCCCAGUGUGCCCAGAGGGCUUCCCUACAGCUGGCGCCCUCUGCCAAGUCCAGCCACUCUUUGGGGGCUGUGUUCCUCUGUGCCCAGCUGUCACCUGGGUUUUGCGAAUUUAACUGGCAUGGAAGGUCGUGCUCAGUUCUCUAGCUCACCAACUGCCCAGCCGAGCACAUCCUGAGAAGGAGAGCCACAGAGCUACCAAUGUUCCCUGGAUGGCGGCCCUGGCAGACGGCAGGCACUUCCCCAUGCUUUGUGUCUGGGUAGGCCAAUGGCUUCCCAGAACAGGCACAGUUAACGGUCAGACCCCUUUAGGUUUUUAAUUCCAGCUUUAAAUGGUCCCGCUCACUGCAAACUCCCCUAGUUCAAACCACCCCCUGCUCUGCACCCUCAGGCCUUGUGGUCAAGGGAAGCUGCCCAAGGGGCCUGUGGAGUGGCCGUGAAUGGCUGUUGGUUCUCCUGUACCCACAACAUCUUGGUGAAGCAGCGUUCAGGCCGAGCUGCCCUGGAGCAAUCUGGGCUCCAGUCCCGCUGGGCUCUGUGAAGCCCCCACUCCAUAGUGACAAGGGAAGAGCUUUACCCGGACUUAUGUGAAUGUAAAAUCCCGUCUGUGCCUAAAAAAACGUCUCAGUGGCUGGACACUCUAGUUCCUCUCAGAGGGACCCUCUGUCCAGGACAAGCUGGCUACUAAGUGGAAGUGGCUGGCUGCUGAGUGGGUGACCAGAGGCUGGUCAGCUUUAGCUCAGCCUAGCCUCCAGCCUGGCGCUGACCCCUGAUCUCCUUGCUGGACAUUGUGCUAUGACGUGGUGAAGACAGCGGUGUGCUGGUCUCUGGCUCCUGUUGUCCAUGACUCUGGCCUCUGGUGAGAACUGAGGCAUUGCAUCUCUGGGAUCUUGCUCAGGAUGAGGCUGUGGCUUCUAGCGUGGGGACCAUGGGCUCAGCACGUGGCUUGGUAAGCGGACACUACUGACAAGUUGGCGGGCUGAUGGUCUCUGCUGACUCAGCAAACAGCACAGCCCUUGAACAGGUCAUUAGAGAGGCUGGGUCAACUCCAGCCCAGCUGACCAGUUGGGUUACGUUUCCUCAUCCUCAAACAGUACUCAGUGGGCACAACUCUGUGCAGGGACUAUCCUGUCAAGCAGGGAAUCAGGUGAGAAGAGGCCGAGGAAGGCGGAGAAAAGCAGGUCAGCCCUCCUGGUCAAGAAACUCCACAUCACCAGGCGUGGUGGCAUGCGCCUGGAAUCCCAGCGGCUCAGGAGGAUCACGAGUUCAAAGCUAUCCUCAGCACCUUAGUGAGGUCCUGAGCGCCUAAGCAACUUAGCAAGACCCUGUCUCAGAAUAAAACAUAAAAAGGGCUGGGGUGUGGCUCAGUAGCUAAGUGCCACUGGCUUAAAUUCCUGGUACAAUAAAAGGAAAAAGAAGAAGCACCCCAUGGUGGGUGGCAGUCACAGCUGGUGAGCACAUACCAGCUGUCGGGAGCAGGACAAGGGUACAGUCCGUACAGUGCGAGCAGAGCAGAGGGGCUGAGGGACCUGGCAGCUGCAGCUCUGGCCAGAGAGGCCUGGGCCUGUGGACAGUUGGCGUUCCCACGGAGCUGCUGUCUGCAGGGCCUGGUCCAGGCACCAAGGAGGACACCCAAGAUGGACGACUCCACCAUUCCCGCUGGUCCUACAGGAGCCACGCAGAGCCCUUGCUGAAAAGGUCUGUUCUUUGGGCCUCCUGCCCAGACACAAGCAAAAGAGGCACCUUGUCCCCCAUCACCCUCUCUGCCCCGUCCUCCCCUCUCUGCCACUGCCAGCAGGAACGGUGUGUUGCCGCAGCCUGAGCCCAGCUUGUGGUCCCGAGUCGGGGUCCAAGGCUGCCAUAACAGAGUGGCUCUAAACAACAGAAAAGUGUUCUUUCACCGUGGUGGAGGUCAGGACUCCGAAAUCAGGGUGUUCACAGGGCCACGUCUCAGGAGGCUGCCUUCUGGCUUCCGAUGGUGGCUGGCAACCCCGCAUUCCUCAGCCAGUAGCCACGCCACUCCAAUCCCUGCUCCGUCUUCAUGUGCAGGCUCCCUGUGUGUCUGUCUUCACACAAUGGGCUCCAUAUCUCCUUCAUUUCCAGAUUCCCUUCCAAUAAGAACAGCAGGCAUUGGAUCAGGUCCCACCCUAAUCCAGGUACCUUGUCCUACCUUACUCAGUCUGUUUCCAUAGUGGACCCUCUCAGGUUCCAGGUGGCCAUGAAUUUGAGGGGACACUCCUCACCUUGGUAGAGUCACCUCCUGCCCUGCGUGCUUGGCAUUCAGGAAUAGGCCAGGCAGGCAGCCGCCCUUUCUGUCCUGCACAGCCAUGGCCUCUGUGCCGGUCCCUGUAGGGAGCCCCUCAUCCUGGCCCUGUUCUUCAGACCUGCCCCACGGGAGCGUCAGUGACUCGCUUGGAGCUGUGGUGCUAAGAGGGCAGCAGUGUCCUUCCUUCCUGGAGGGCAGCACAGCUCAGGAGGGAGCAUCUUCUCUGGCAGGCAGCACCUGCCGCCCAGAGCCUUGGUC